GUUGACAAAGAGGAGGUUCGGUUGCGUAGAUCUAUUGGUGUCAAGAAGGAUGAAUAUUUCUUGGAUGGGAAACAUGUCACGAAAACUGAAGUGAUGAAUUUGCUGGAAAGCGCUGGUUUUUCUCGAUCUAACCCAUAUUAUGUUGUUCAACAAGGGAAGAUCGCGUCUCUUACGUUAAUGAAAGAUUCCGAGCGUUUAGAUUUACUGAAGGAGAUUGGAGGAACACGCGUAUAUGAGGAGAGACGGCGCGAGAGUUUGAAAAUUAUGCAAGAAACUGGAAAUAAAAGAAAGCAGAUUGAUCAGGUUGUUCAUUAUUUGGAGGAAAGGUUGAGAGAAUUAGAUGAAGAGAAAGAAGAACUGAAGAAGUAUCAGCAGCUUGAUAAGAAGAUCAGAUCCCUUGAAUACAUAAUUUUGGAGAAAGAGAUGGAUGAGGCUGCUCAGAAAUUGAGGGAGAUAGAAGAGGCACGAAAUACCGUUUCGGAAAAGUCAACUACAAUGCACAAUAAGAUUCUAAAGAACCAUGAUAGGUUGAAGGAGUUAGAGAAGGACUUCAAAACUUUUUCAAAGACUAUUCAAGGUCUGAACAAAGAGAAAGAGGUGAUAGAUAAAAGGCGCACCGAGGCAUUAAAGAUUCGUACUCAACUUGAACUUGAUUUGAAGGACAUUGAAGAGAGAAUUUCUGGGGACAUUCGAGCAAAGGACGAUGCUGCAAGACAACUAAAGGGCCUGAGGAAAGAAAUUCAGGAUUCUAGAAACGAACUUAAUGCAAUCAGGCCCUUACACAAUGAGAAAGUUGCAGAGGAGGAGGGCUUCAUAAAAGGCAUAAUGGAGUGUGAGAAGCAGCUUAGUAUAUUAUACCAAAAACAAGGGCGCGCUACCCAGUUUGCUAGUAAAGCUGCUCGAGAUAAAUGGCUUCAAAGAGAAAUUGAUGAUCUACAACGUCCUCUCUCGUCACACUUGGGGCAGGAGAAGAAACUUCAAGAAGAAAUUCAACAACUUAAAGAUGAGGAGAGCAAGAUGGAUUCCUAUAUCGAGGAACAAAGAGCUGAAUCAAAAAAGCUAGAAUUCGCCAUUUCAAAAAUCCAAGAGGAAUUUAAUAGGUUGAGGAUACAAAGGGAUAGAUUGCAAGAUAAACGAAAAUUAUUAUGGAAAACAGAAGGGGAACUUUCUGCUGAAAUCGAUAAGCUUAAGUCAGAUCUUGUGAAGGCCAAGAAGAGUUUGGACCAUGCCACUCCUGGUGAUACGAGAAGGGGACUGAAUUCGGUUGACAGAUAUGUCAAUGAUCACAACAUUGAAGGAGUUUUUGGUUCGCUUUUAGAGUUAAUUGAAUGCGAUGAGAAAUUCUUUACUGCUGUUGAAGUUACUGCUGGAAAUAGCCUAUUCCAUGUUGUGGUUGCAACGGAUGAGAUAUCUUCUAGGAUUAUUAGAUAUCUUACUUCAGAGAAAGGUGGGAGAGUCACAUUUAUACCAUUGAACAGGGUUAUUGUACAGCGAAUAAACUAUCCACAAAGCUCAGAUGUGGUUCCUUUGUUAAAGAAACUAAAAUUUCGUUCAGACUGUUCUGCAGCUUUUCAACAGGUAUUUUCUAGAACAGUAAUCUGUCGUGACUUAGAUGUUGCCACGAAUGUUGCUCGUGCUAAUGGUCUUGACUGUAUUACAUUGGAAGGCGACCAAGUUAGCAAGAAAGGUGGCAUGACAGGAGGGUUUUAUGAUUCUAGAAGAUCAAAGCUGAAGUUUAUGAAUAUUAUCAAGCAAAGCAAAAGUUAUAUCAUCAAGAAGACAGAUGAGCAAGAUAAGAUUUCCAAGGAGCUUCAAGACUUAGAUAAGGAAAUUAAUGAUCUUGUCAGUAGACAACAGAGAAUAGAUGCGGAACAUGGCCAUAUGAAGUCAGAAUUGGAGCAAGUUAAAUUGGACAUAGCUAAUGCUGUUAAGCAGAAGCAAUCAAUUUCUAGAGCCCUUGAGAAAAAGGGAAAACUGCUAGGAAGCGCCCAAACACAGAUUGAUCAAAUACGAGCUGGCAUUGCAAUGAAACGAGCCGAAAUGGGCACAGAUCUUGUCGACCAACUAACACCAAAAGAAAAGGAACUUCUUUCCCGUUUAAAUCCUGAAAUAACUGAACUAAAAGAGAAGCUUUUGGCUUGCACGACAAGUAGAGUUGAGAUUGAAACAAGGAAAGAGGAAUUAGAGACUAAUCUUUCAACAAACCUUGUUAGAAGACAACAGGAGUUGGAGGCAAUAAUUUUAUCUGCAGAUUCUGGCACUUUACCUAGUGAAGCUGACCUCAAACGUCAGGAAUUAGAAGAAUCAAAUGAAACCGUUCAUGAAUUAAUGAAGCAGCUCAACCAGACUUUACAGAACAUAGAUGAGCUCACAAAGAAGAUAAAGAAUAACAGAAAUGAGAAGGAUCGGAUUAAAGGCGCUGAAGAAGAAUACGAGCGUACACUCCAGGAUGAAGCAAAAGAUCUGGAGCAGUUACUUAACAAGCGAAAUUUAUUUUUGUCCAAACAAGAUGAUUGCAAGAAAAAAAUUCGAGAUUUGGGUUCAUUACCAUCCGAUGCUUUUGAGAGGUUUAAGAAGAAAAACAUGAAAGAAUUAGUGAAGACGCUUCAUAAGUGCAAUGAGGAGCUAAAGCAGUUCAGCCACGUUAAUAAGAAAGCACUCGACGAGUACAUGAACUUCACGGAACAGCGAGAGCAGUUGCAGAAUAGAAGAGCUGAACUUGAUGCAGGCGAUCAGAAAAUACGAGAACUUAUUUCUGUUCUGGAUCAGCGGAAGGAUGAAUCCAUCGAACGUACUUUUAAAGGAGUCGCCCGAAAUUUUCGUGAAGUUUUUUCAGAGCUUGUACAAGGUGGGCAUGGGUUCUUGGUAAUGAUGAAAAAAAAGGAAGGAGAGCCUCUUGAUGAUGAAAAUGAUGAGGAUGGACCUCCGAAAGCGGACCCCGAGGGAAGAGUGGAGAAGUACAUCGGUGUAAAAGUAAAGGUGUCAUUUACUGGUCAAGGAGAAACUCAGUCGAUGAAACAGCUCUCUGGUGGUCAGAAAACCGUAGUGGCAUUGACACUGAUAUUUGCCAUACAGCGCUGUGAUCCGGCUCCAUUCUAUCUCUUUGAUGAGAUUGAUGCAGCUUUGGAUCCUCAGUACAGAACAUCUGUUGGUAAUAUGAUCCGUCGUUUGGCCGAUGUGGCGAAUACGCAAUUCAUAACCACAACAUUUCGUCCGGAGUUGGUAAAAGUUGCGGAUAAGAUAUACGGCGUUACUCACAAAAACAGAGUUAGCCAUGUCCACGUUGUUUCGAAGGAGGAGGCUCUCGAUUUUAUCGAACAAGAUCAGAACCAAAGUGCUUAAUCAGGUUUGCUUUUACCUGAUAUAUUAUGCAGCUGUGAAUGUCAGCAGGCAUGAACAUAUAGUACUUUUCCUUCCUCCAUUUCAACUUUAGCAGUGUCUGCAAUUUUUAAUUUUUGUUUCUGUAAAUUUUGAAUUACUGAGGGAGUAAUUUGUAGCAUGCAUUAUGAUUUUUUACUCUAGAAACCAAUUAUAUGUGUUAGUAGAUUGAAGUUGUAUUGGAUGUGAAGAACUUUAUGCUAAUUUUUCCAUGGCCUAAACUAGUCCAAGGUGAUUUAUUCCUA